AUGGACCCAAGCAGAUCUCCACGCCUGGAGGAGACUACGGCACAGGCACCCCUCGAAACCGUCGAUGCCGUUGACCAGGACGUGGUCGAUGCUUGCGACCUGGCCGCGUUCGGCCACGAGCAGAUCCUGACUCGGAAGUUUGAUAUCUGGAGUAUUCUGGCACUGGCAUUCUGCGUGUUGGGAACAUGGUCCACGUUUGCGCAGGACCUUAGCAGUGGUUUGACCAAUGGCGGUCCAAUCAGCAUUCUCUGGGGGCUAUGCCUUGUGACCGUCUGCAACACAUGCGUUGUGAUCUCCUUGGGGGAGUUAUGCAGCAGCAUGCCCACUGCUCUGGGACAGGCCUACUGGGUCCUCCGGCUCUGGGACACGUCAUGGGGGAGAUUCACAUCGUACAUAUGCGCCUGGAUCAACACUUUCGGGUGGUGGACGCUCACCGCAUCACAGACGGCGUUCAUGACAAGCUUCCUGCUCGGCAUGAAGGCCAUGUUCGAUCCAGAAUGGACAGGCGCGAGCAGCAGCUGGGUUCAGUUUCUAGUCUACCUCGGUGUAAACGUCCUCUUCACGGUGUUUAAUUUGGUCGCUUGCAGAAAGGACAGGGUUUUGCCUCUGUUCAACGACUUUGUGGGUAUCGGCUUUGUAGGACUGUUCGUGGUUCUCAGCCUGGCACUCCUGAUUGCGGUGGGAACCAAGCCCGGCCUCGAAUUCCAGCCCGGACGGUUCGUCUUUGGAGCCUGGAUUAACCAGACGGGUUGGAGUGACGGAGUAACGGCUGCCUAUGGCCUAACUGCCUUCGACUCGGUUAUCCACAUGGUCGAGGAGAUACCAGCGCCACGUCGGAAUGCACCUAGAGCGAUGUGGCUUGCCGUUGUCACUGGCGCCACCAGCGGGUUUAUCUUCAUGCUCGUCUGCCUGUUCUGCAUCCAAGACUUGGACUCCGUCGUCAACUCAGACCUGCCCUUCAUGCAGCUGGUACAGGAUGCAAUUGGUCUCCAGGGCGCUGCCGUGCUACUGGCCCUUUUUAUCUUCAACGGUCUUGGCCAAGUUGAUCCCACCUGGAAGGUCCCGGCGAGAGCUAUUGUGCUGCAGGGCGUUAUUGUUGCCCUUAUUGGCAUCUUAUAUCUGUUCGCAAACACCGUUUUGGAGGCAAUCAUCAGCACAGCAACGAUCGCACUCACGGUAUCAUACGCCCUACCGAUCGUAACGCUUAUGAUUGCCGGACGUGACAAACUCCCGCCUGGAGGUUUCCGUUUAGGAUCGCUGGGGCCGCUGAUAAACUGGACAUCCGUCAUAUAUUGUGCCAUCACGACUGUCUUUUUCUUCUUCCCCGGUGAGCCCGCUCCGGCUGCCGCGGAUAUGAAUUACGCAAUCGCGGUGUUUGCCGUUAUGCUGGUGGUUUCCAUCGGGUUCUGGUUGACGAAAGGUCGUAUAGCUUACAUGCGGACCACGGAAUCUGCGAAAGCUGUGUAUGAAGCUCGGAAGCGCGAAAUUGUGGUCCAUGAGGGCGUCCCGGAAAGCCAUCUAGGCAACCCUGAAAUCGAGCCGCAGGUAGAUGUCAUUCGGGGGAAAACAUGA